GGGCGUUUUCGCGGCAACGUUGUUCUUUUUGAACAGGCGCGCUGAGGACAACUUGUAGGGUAGGGGUCCUACCGGAACACGGAAUCGCGUUUGCAGCUAGGAGGCGUCUCAGGAUGGGUCGCUCGUCCAAAGACAAACGGGACAUUUACUACCGGCUGGCCAAAGAGGAAGGCUGGAGAGCGAGGAGCGCCUUCAAGCUGCUGCAGCUCGACGAGGAGUUCAGCCUGUUCACUGGUGUGAACAGAGCUGUAGAUCUCUGUGCUGCUCCUGGCAGCUGGAGUCAAGUUCUCAGUCGGAAACUCAGAGGUCAUGGGGAGAAGUGUGAGGGCGGUGAAGAGGUGAAGAUUGUGGCGGUGGACCUCCAGGCCAUGGCUCCUCUUCCAGGAGUCACUCAGAUUCAAGGAGACAUCACCAAGGUGUCGACGGCCGAGGAGAUCGUCCGCCACUUCGAGGGCCAGCCGGCGGACCUGGUGGUGUGCGACGGCGCUCCUGACGUAACGGGCCUCCAUGAUGUGGAUGAGUAUAUUCAGGCUCAGCUGCUGUUGGCUGCACUGAACAUCACCACUCACGUACUUAAACCAGGAGGAACGUUUGUGGCGAAGAUCUUCCGAGGCAAAGACGUGACACUGUUGUACUCGCAGCUCAAGAUCUUUUUCGGCGGCGUGACGUGCGCCAAGCCUCGCAGCAGCCGAAACUCCAGCAUAGAAGCGUUUGUGGUGUGUCAGAACUACCACCCUCCAGAAGGUUACGUGCCCAACAUGUCCAACCCUCUGCUGGAUCACUCCUACGACGUGGACUUCAACCAGUUAGAAGGUCCAAACCGCAUCAUUGUUCCAUUCCUGGCGUGUGGAGAUCUGAGUGCCUUUGAUUCCGACAGAACCUACCCUCUGCAGUUGGAUGCUGGCAAGGAGUACCAAUACACCCCCCCCACCCAGCCGCCCAUCAGCCCCCCAUACCAGCAGGCCUGCCACCUGCGCAAAAACAACCUGCUCUCCAAGGAGGACUCUCCUUCUUCACUGGGACCACGACAGAGCGGAGACCAGGCCCAGGCUGACUGACCAGGCCGAGUUUUAUUAGCAUGUAAACAACAAUCUUACGUUUUUAAAUGAUUUUUAUUCCAGGCAGCGUGGCAGCUGGCUGAGCGGUUUGUACAUCUGCUUCACAUAUCCAAUCCAUCAAUUAUCUGAACCGUUUUAUCCUCCCGAGGGUCGCGGGCCUGC